AUGGCGGAUCCCCGUACUGGUGCAGCUCGCAAGAGCUCUUCAGCCUCGUCCUCAGCAGCGGAAUUUGCACAGUCUCCGCAACAACAGCAAGGGAAUUCGAAGGUCCCUAUUCCACGCUUGCGACCAAGUGCAACCAGAGACGAUGGCAGCGGCGGUUCAACGGGUGCUAGCGGUGGGGAUAGGCACAGAGUUCCACACGCAUGUGAGCCUUGCAGACAAAGAAAAACAAAGUGUAGUGGUGAAAGACCCAUAUGCAAACAUUGCCAGGACUUCAAACUCGGCUGUUAUUAUGCUGACGGAAAGCGCGAUAAAGCUAAAAAUGAGAUGAUCUCCUUGAAAUCGAAGGUGGAACUGUACGAGUCGGUGCUUGAGCAAUUGAAGUGUCACGUUGACAGCGCUGGCCAAUUAGCUAUCCAAAAGGCUUUGCAAGGGCCACGCGAUAUUGGCCUAGAAUACCAUUCAGCUCUUCAAAAGAACCGGGACGGCGAAUCGCUUGUCACGGCCGGGGUCGGCUCAACCGGCUCUGUAGACCAUAUUCGAGAAGAGCCCAAUCGGAGCGACAGCGCAUACCCAACGGGGUACAUGGGGAAAAAUAGUGAAGUUGCCUGGAUUCAAAGAGUAGCUCAACAACUUGCUCGUGAAGCUUCGGCAGAACCGCCACAAUCCAGUGCUCUUGCCACUAGGAAUGACGACGAAUACCAAUUCGAAACGCCUACCUAUCACCUAGACGAUUUAUCUGUUUCUAUAGCUGGGGGACAAAUCAAUCCGUUCUAUCUUCCUCCUAAAGAAACCGCUGAUGAGCUUUUGAAUGCAUUUUUCUCCACAGUUUAUCCCACAUUCCCUAUCGUACUAAAAAAGCUCUUUAUGGCGCAGUACGACGCAUUUUUUCAGUCUUUCUUUCCCCCGGCGAGCUCAAAGCGGUGGUUGGCAAUGCUUAAUUUAAUGUUUGCGAUUGGCUCAUUGUAUGGGCGUCUUACCAAUGCUGAUUGGAAGGAGGAAUCUGAGAUCGAGCACCUUAAAUAUUUCUCUAGGGGUAGAGUUUUGAGCCUUGAUGAAGGAAGCAUCCUUGAAGUACCUGAUUUACAGCAGGUUCAAGUUGUUGGAUUAGCUGGCAUUUAUCUUAUUGCUAGUAACCAAACUAAUCGUGCAUGGAACGUUGUCGGACUUGCCAUUCGCUACUCGCAGACUCUCGGUCUUAAUCUUCGUAACGACGUUCCUGAGCUCGAUGAAGCAGAGAAGGAGAUGCGCGUGCGAAUGUGGUACUCGCUAUAUUCCCUAGAAUAUCUACUUUGUAUUAUGACCGGUCGACCAUCUUGUAUUCAUGAGCGGGAUUGUAGUGUACCAAUGCCUCGCCCUGUUGAUGAAGAACAAUAUCCCAUGGAGGAUGGGUUUGAUAUAGCCUUGAGAAAGUACUCCGAAACCGCCAGUCCUAACUCACAGCCACCAUCCGCAAAACCUUCCGCCGUUUCCAGUCCUUUCAUUUUUCGCAAUUCGCCUCCCACACCUCAGUUCCCAGGACCCUCUGUCCCCGCCUCUAACAUCUCUUCUGCGCCAUCUCCUUCUUCAACAACGUCAAAACAGGCUACAUCAGGCUCUUCACGCACUUCUAUCAAUUUUCUUAGCUCUGGCACAUAUCCCUCAACCUAUUUUGUUGAGCAUACAAAACUCAACCAAAUAACUGCCGAAGUAUUGUCAAACCUUUACAGCCCUGCCACCAGAUCUCGAAGCUGGAGUGACAUUCAGGGGACAAUCUCCGCGAUGGAGUUGAAGGUUAUGAAAUGGCGUGCUGACCUUCCAAACUUGCUGGAUUUCGGCAAAAGACAACGAGAUCAGCUUUAUUACAGACAGAGAAUGAAUCUUGCAUUCCAGUACCAUUACAUCCGAAUUAUCAUCAAUCGCCCAUGCCUAUGCAGAUUGAACUACUACCGUAUACCAAAUGAAUCCAAUCGUUCACGUGGGUUUAAUCGGUCUGCAGCGGCAACGUGUAUUGAGGCUGCCCGUGAGACGGUGGCACUUUUGCCGGACGAGCCAAACCCCGUUGGCCUAAUAAGCAGCUCUCCUUGGUGGUGCUUGCUCCAUUAUCUUGUCUCUGCAGGUACAAUUUUGAUGGUGGAAAUGGCUAUGCGGGCUGAGCACAACCCGCAGCAAGCCGACAGCUUGUUGAAAGAUUCCAAAAAAAUAUUGAGGUGGUUGAGGGCCAUGGCAGAAGACAGCUUGGGUGCUGAAAGGUCUUGGAAAGUCCUUACAAAGCUGCUGGUAAUAUCUGCCUCCAAGAUUGGCGGUGAUGUCUCGGACGUGCCAACAGAUUUCCCGGAGAACCGGGACGUUCCUGGUGGAAUAAAGGCUGGAAAUAUUAAUAACAACACAAACAGCGGCGGCAAUUCCAGCUCGGAUUACUCCCAGUCCCAGCAACAGAACCAGCCAUUGGGAACACACAAUGGAAACCAGACCGAGGAGACUAGACCAGGAACCAAUGCCGAGGAAUUCACCGACCUUUUCCGCGGUAUACUGGGCGAACCCUUCCCGUUCUCCAAUAUCCCCAUCCACACACACUUUGAUGAUGUGACGGCAAUGCAGGACGUGCCCCCCCACUUUACCGAUUCGGCGGCCGACAAUCAGCAGAGCUUCCCGUCGAACCAGGGUCAUUCUGCAGAUCAGGAUCUCCUCACAAAUCACCUCCAGCCUCCCUCGGGCAUGAUGUUUACCAACUCCACUCAAAUGAAUAGCAUAAAUGGAGUCAGAAACAUAUCGCUUCCGCCCUCUUACGCGGACCACUGGGCUUCCGUGCCACCCGGUGAUGUGGGGUACCCAAUGACACCGGCAUUCCGUGAACCUGAUCAGCAAACGAGAGAUGGGGUAGCGGAAUUUGAGCAACGGAGGAAUUGA